AUGGUACCAGUAACUUCGACAUCCACUACUCAAUUAAUUCAAAAGACUUUCAAUGCUUAUGAAUAUGCAUAUGAAUUAAAACAUAAUCAGUUAGCUGAUCUUAUUCGUCAUCGAUUGAAACUUCCAUCAUUAAAACAACGAUUUUUUCGUAUACUACAAUUAAAUGAUAUUCGUCGUUGUGAUAAAUUUAUACGAUAUCUACGUAAUGAAACAAGACAACGUAAUUUAGCUAAAGAUGGUCUAUUUUAUGCUGCACAAAUGGGUUCAGUACGUUUAUUAGAUUACUUUUUGACACAUUGGAAAAUUGAUAUUAAUAUACAACAACUAAAUAAUGAAAACUAUACAACAACACCUUUAUUAACAGCUAUAACAUAUAAUCAAAAUGAAGCAGCAAAAUUUUUAUUAUUUCGUCAUGCUGAUCCAAGUAUAAAAGGUCAAUAUGAUAAUGCACUUGUUACUGCAUUACAUUAUCAAUCAAAUAAUGGUUUAAUACGUUUAUUACUGGAUAAAAACGUUGAUUUAUCAGCUAAACAUCCUGAUUAUAAAAAAUUAACUUUAAGAGAAUAUUGUGUGUUAACAAAUCGUAUAAAAGCUAAAACUGAACUUGAUUUAUAUAUUGUACGUUUAAUUAAUAAUGGAAAUUAUAAAAGAUUAAAAUGGCUUGUCGAUCAUGGUUAUAAACAUAUAAAUGUUCAUGUUAGUUUUAAACGAAAUGGAAGACAAUUAGCUAAAGAAAGAUACUAUGAAAAAAUUGUUAAAUUAAUUGAUGAUGUGGAAAAUGCACAGAUAAAAGCAAAAAAAAAAAUGAAUUACUAA